AAAAAUGCGCCACUCUUGAAGCGUCUUUCAAGAAGAUAAAAGUUGGGCAAGACAGAAGAGGACGAACCAAGGGGAGACUCGGACGAAAGCGCCUCCUUCGCCAUUUCUCCUCGCGCUGUAAACAGAUGGUUAUUUAUGCGCAUAAAUGAAACUAUCCUAAAAAAAAGGUAGCGCUCCGUCUCCUUUUGGAUAACAUAGCGGGAGAGCCACAUCUAAUGCAAGGCUCGCAUUUCCGGACAGAAACUUUAGACCUCAGCGCUUCUGGACCUUGAAGUUCCCUGCAUUUUCGCUAUAAAAACACAAAUACUGGUGUCUUGAGUGGGUUUGGACGCUGGGAUUAUCUCUUCUAUAGAACCAAACGCCGACGGCUGGGAAAGUCGAACCCCGCCGGUGUCUCCAACUGGUGAGUGCAGCAGGACGAGGCGUAGCGGCACUACAAAUAAACAACACUGUGUAAGCGGUUUCUUUAAGUUGCCAUAAUGGACUCCCACUGCCGCAAACUGGCCACCACCUGCGCGCAAAUAGAAAAAGAAAAGAACCAGAACAAAAACGACGACUCUUCAGAUGACCCUUCUAAAAAGAAACGGCAGCGGCGGCAGAGGACUCACUUCACCAGCCAGCAGCUGCAGGAACUGGAGGCCACUUUCCAGCGGAAUCGUUAUCCGGACAUGAGCACGAGGGAGGAGAUAGCCGUGUGGACCAACCUCACAGAGGCCCGGGUCAGGGUUUGGUUCAAGAACCGACGAGCCAAGUGGAGGAAACGGGAAAGAAACCAACAAGCAGAGCUUUGCAAAAACGGCUUCGGCCCGCAGUUCAAUGGACUCAUGCAGCCCUACGAAGACAUGUACCCCAGCUACACGUAUAACAACUGGGCAGCCAAGGGCCUCACGUCAGCCUCUUUAUCCACCAAAAGCUUCCCCUUCUUCAACUCCAUGAAUGUCAACCCCUUAUCCUCGCAGACCAUGUUCUCGCCGCCCAACUCCAUAUCCUCCAUGACUUCCAGCAUGGUGCCAUCGGCGGUCACGGGCGUGCCGGGCUCCAGCCUCAACAGCCUCAAUAACUUGAACAACCUCAGUAACCCGUCUCUCAACUCGGGGGUGCCCAGCUCGGCGUGCCCCUACGCGCCUCCGACCCCUCCUUAUGUGUACAGGGACACUUGCAACUCCAGCCUGGCCAGCCUGAGACUGAAAGCCAAGCAGCACUCGAGUUUUGGAUACGCCAGUGUGCAGAAUCCGGCCACUAAUCUGAGCGCUUGUCAAUACGCCGUGGACAGACCAGUCUAAUGCCUACCUGCACUGCAAAUGCGUAACCACCAGAGCAAGUCAUAACAGGCUAAUAGUAACGCUUAAAGUGGUAUUCUUCUCUACGUAAGGGGGAAUUAGGUUUUGUUUCAGGACACUUCUGAUGGUCAUAUGGUAGGCCUACUUUCUACUUCUAGUUGAAUCAUUCUGAUUUUUUUCCUAAGAUAUUGCCACUUGUUCCUUGAACAUCCCCACACAUAUCAAGAAACAAGUGAGAUUAUUUCAUCCAUUUAUUUUUUGGGAGGGGGGGGGGAACCUAUAAAUUUGAGGGUAGAUACAAGACCAAAUGGCUUGUUAUGGUGGUCAUUUUUUUGCAGUGUGUAGGCAAUCACAAACCGGCCACAGGAACAAGAGACUACUACAGCUACUUUUUUUUCUUCAUUUUUCAAAAAGGGCACUAGAAGACUGAACCACUGAAACAAGCUCAACUCCAGAUCGGAGUCAAACUGAAACAGGAGAUUUUAGGUUUAUUCACCUUUGAUGAGUCCAGGCCUUCUUCACACUGCGACACAGUAAAAAAAAAAGAAAAAAAAAAAAGGCCCGUUUUAUUUUUCAUAGCUCGUCAUGUUUUGUUUUGGGUGGAUUUUGGACGUUAAUUGUCGACUGAAAAGGUUGUAUAUAUAUUUGAAUUAUCACCUCCUGUUUGUCGAGGCGAAUGCGCUAUAACCCCCCCCCCCCGUCCUCUCCAGGUUCAAUUUAUCAACGCAUGUGGG